GACGCGAUGGCCAGCACCAGCCGUUCUCGCAGCCGCAGCCGCAGCGAGCGCAAGUCCAAGCGGCGGUCGCGGUCCCGGUCCAGAAGUCCGCGGCGCCGCAGCCGCAGCCGCGACCGCAAAGCCGUCGACGCCAGGAGAGACGACCCCGACGCCGGUGAAGGAGUGUCAUUAUUAUGCAGAAAUCUGGGCUACAACACGGACAAGGAGGUCGUGCGGAACGCCUUCAAGGAAUUUGGAAGGGUCGUGGACGUCUACCUGCCUCUGGAUUACAUGACGAAGCAGCCGCGCGGCUUCGCCUUCGUGGAAAUGGGCGACCGGCGGUCCGCGGCCGCGGCCAUCGACGGGCUGGACGGGAAGGUCAUCGACAACCGCGCCGUCAAGGUGCUGUUUGCGACACAGAAGCGGAAACGGCCGGACCAGAUGCAGACCUUAGAUCCUAGAACAGCGCGCGGCGCGUACCGCGGGCCGCCGCGCGGGCCGCCGCCGCCCGGUUAUGGCUAUGGUGGUGGUUAUGGUGGUGGUGGCGGCCCGCGCGGCCGGUCGCCGAGGCGCUCUCGGCGCGACCGGUCGCGGUCGCGGUCGCGGUCGCGCCGGCGCCGGCGUCGCGACCGGUCUCCCUCUAGAUCGCGGUCGCGCCGCCGCGACUAG